GCCUCCUUCCCACUUCUCCUCCUUCCGCCUGUUCUCUCCGCUCCAGUGCGGCGAGUGCGGAACACUCGGGCGCGGCGAGCGUUGUUGGAGGGAGAGGGCUGCGGAGAUGAUGACCCUCGACUUGAUGGGGCGGUACGGGCGGUUGGACGAGAAGGUGGCCAUCCAGGAGGCGGCCGCGGCGGGGCUGCGCGGGAUGGAGCACCUCAUCUCGCAGCUCUCCCGCGCGGGCACCGGCGAGAGGUCGUCGUCGCCGCCCGGGGCAGCGCCGGCGCAGAACCAGCAGCAUCCGGAGCAGAGCCAUCUGCAGCAGCGGCUGCAGGAGGUGGACUGCCGCGAGAUCACGGACAUGACGGUGUCCAAGUUCAAGAAGGUGAUCUCCAUCCUGAACCGCACGGGCCACGCGCGGUUCCGGCGCGGCCCCGUGGUGGCGCAGUCGCCGGGCCCGGCGGCCGCCUGCUCCGAGCCCGCGGCGCUGCCGGCGUGGUCGGCCCCGGCGCCGAGGCCCGUGACGCUGGACUUCACCAAGUCGGUGUCCGGGUACAGCAGGGACUCCGGGUUCAGCGUGUCCGGCGCCAGCUCGUCGUUCCUGUCGUCGGUGACGACCGGGGACGGAAGCGUGUCGAACGGACGCGGCGGCGGCGGUUCGUCGUCCCUGAUGCUCCCGCCGGCGGUCGGCGCGGCCAGCUGCGGGAAGCCGCCGCUGUCAUCGUCUGGCGCCGGGCAGAAGCGCAGGUGCCACGAGCACGCGCACUCGGAGAACGUCGCCGGCGGCAAGUACGGGGCCGCCGGUGGCCGCUGCCACUGCUCCAAGCGCAGGAAGCACCGGGUGAAGCGGACGAUCCGCGUGCCAGCGAUCAGCCCGAAGGUGGCGGACAUCCCCGCCGACGAGUACUCGUGGCGCAAGUACGGGCAGAAGCCCAUCAAGGGAUCGCCAUACCCGCGGGGGUACUACAAGUGCAGCACGGUGCGCGGAUGCCCCGCCCGUAAGCACGUGGAGCGCGACCCCGGCGACCCGUCGAUGCUGAUCGUGACCUACGAGGGCGAGCACCGCCACAGCCCCGCCGAGCAGGACCCUCCGGCGGCGCCGCCGCCGCUCGCCCCGCUGCCGGAGCUGCCCAACCAUUAAUUCCUCUCUUUUUAUUUUGGGCAUACCUUCUCUGUCAAUUACUAGUACUCCGAAUCACCACUAGGCUCCGGUUUAGCAGCUUCGAUUUUCUAUACCUCCUCUGUUCGUUUAGCAGCUUGUAAUAGAAUUAGUAGUAGGAAAAAAUGUUGGAGUAGUAUAUUAGCAAAGGCAAAGCGAAGACAAAAGUUACAAAUGGUGGUGGUGGUGGUGGCCUGGUGGGCGGGAUUUUGACCGCGCUUUGGGGGUGGGGGAGGAUCCCACAAUUCCAGAGCCGGAUUGAAUUGUUGAGCUCCCAUCCGUCCGGGAGGAGUCAAAAGCUCGUGGGGCCCAGCACCAGCAGUUGAGCAACGGGCCGCUGGUGCUUGCUUUUGCUUUUGGUCUUGGGGUGUGUUCGUUUCGAGGGAAAAAGUUCAGAGGGUCCUAUUAAAGAGAAUCUUAUCAUGUAGAAGUAUUAAAUAAAGUUUAAUUAUAAAAAUAAUUGUAGAA